AUGGAGUUAAUUGUUGCUGGGAGCUGGUGUCAUGAUUAUCCUGCAUUGCUUUUAGUGGUUCCCGAAGGAGUCCAGAGUCCUCACUGCAGAAGGAAUGCUCAACAGCUGGAUGCAGGAAGUGAACUUUUCUUUCCUGUGUUAGCAACCCUUGUGGCAGAGGAGGGGACCAGUUACUCUCCACAAGAAAAUUCACAUAACCACAGUGCUCUUCAUAGUUCAAAUUCGCAUUCUUCUAAUCCGAGCAAUAAUCCAAGCAAAACUUCUGAUGGAGCUUAUGAUUCUGCGGAUGAUUGGUCUGAACACAUCAGCUCUUCGGGCAAAAAGUACUACUACAACUGUAGAACAGAAGUUUCACAGUGGGAAAAACCAAAAGAGUGGCUGGAAAGAGAGCAGAGACAAAAAGAAGCAAGCAAAAUGUCAGUUAACAGUUUUCCAAAAGAUAGAGAUUACAGAAGAGAGGUGAUGCAGGCAACAGCUGCCAGUGGGUUUGCCAGUGGAAUGGAAGACAAGCAUUCCAGUGACGCCAGUAGUAUGCUCCCACAGAAUAUUUUGUCUCAAACAAGCAGGCACAAUGACAGAGACUACAGACUGCCAAGGGCAGAGACUCACAGUAGUUCUACUCCAGUACAGCAUCCCAUCAAACCAGUGGUUCAUCCAACUGCUACCCCAAGCACUGUUCCUCCUAGUCCAUUUUCUCUACAAUCUGAUCACCAGCCAAAGAAAUCCUUUGAUGCUAAUGGAGCAUCUACUUUAUCAAAACUGCCUACAUCUGCAUCUUCCAUCCCUUCACAGAAAACAGAGAGGAAAGAGUCUGCAUCCGUGGACAAGACUGUAUCCCAUUCUUGCACAACUCCUUCUACAUCUUCUGCUUCUGGACUGAAUCCAGCUUCUGCACCUGCUUCAUCAGCUCCUACAGUUCCUGUCUCACCUGUCCCACAGUCACCAAUUCCUCCAUUACUUCAGGACCCAAAUCUCCUUCGACAGUUGCUGCCUGCUCUACAAGCCACAUUGCAGCUUAAUAAUUCUAGCGUAGAUAUAUCUAAAAUCAAUGAAGUUCUAACAGCAGCUGUGACACAAGCCUCUCUGCAGUCUAUACUCCAUAAAAUUCUUACUGCUGGACCAUCUGCUUUCAAUAUCACUUCCCUAAUUUCUCAAGCAGCACAACUGUCUACGCAAGCUCAGCCAUCUAAUCAGUCUCCAAUGUCUUUAACAUCUGAUGCCUCAUCACCAAGAUCAUAUGUAUCUCCCAGAAUAAGCACGCCUCAGACUAAUACCGUUCCACUUAAGCCUUUGAUGACUACACCACCGGUAUCAUCACAGCAGAAGGUUGCUACUCCAGGAGUUAAACAAGGACCAGCUUCACAGUCAGCACCUCAGCAGCCGGUAAUAGCUGACAAGCAGGCAGGUCACGAACCUGCGUCUCCUCGAAGUCUUCAGCGCUCAAGUAGUCAAAGAAGCCCAUCACCAGGUCCAAAUCAUACCUCUAGCACUAGUGCAUCAAAUUCAACACCUGCACCACAGAAUCCAUCUGUACGACCCACCUGUUCAUUAACACCUACGCUAGCAGCACACUUCAAUGAAAACCUUAUAAAGCAUGUUCAAGGCUGGCCUGCAGACCAUGCGGAAAAGCAGGCAUCAAGAUUACGUGAGGAAGCCCAUAACAUGGGAAGUGUUCAUAUGUCAGAAAUUUGUACUGAAUUAAAGAAUUUAAGAUCUUUAGUUCGAGUAUGUGAAAUUCAAGCAACUUUGCGUGAGCAAAGGAUACUAUUUUUGAGACAACAAAUUAAAGAACUUGAAAAGCUAAAGAAUCAGAAUUCCUUCAUGGUGUGAAAAGUUAUAAACAAUUGCACAUGGUUUUGAGUACAGGAACUAUUAAACUGAUGCCCAGUCUUAACACUUUUGAGCUGCAUUUGAGUAGACUUUGGACCGUUGAGCUGGGCAGAAAAAAGAUGACAUGGGGAA